AAUAACAGGAUUUAGAAAACAAAAGCCGUGCAUUGUUUCCGUGGACAGGACGAUUUUUUUAAUUACUUUUUUUGCUGAUAAAGUUUGCUGCCAGGACGUACUUGGAAGCAAGUAGGUUCGGAAUUUUCUUAUUAGACACCAACAUUCGAUUUUGAAAUGGCGGUAAAUUUCGAUCCUCACAAAAUUCUAUAAAUUCUAAACACACGAAAACAUUAUUAUAACUUGCGAUCAGUUGGAAGGUUGAGAUAGCUAGCCAUUUAUUAAAGUUCAAGAAUGGCAAGCCCAAAAAAAGGAAGUCCAGAAAAAGGGAGUCCAAAGAAGACAUCCAGAUCUGCUAGUCCGAAAAGGGGAAGCCCAAAGAAAGGGAAAGGCAUGGCAGCCAAGAAAGGAGGUGUGAGAAAGGGUGCAAAGAAAAAUGCAGCAAAGAGACGAAGAAGCCGAAGAGAAAGUUAUGGUAUCUAUAUUUACAAAGUUUUGAAACAAGUCCACCCUGAUGUUGGAAUUUCAAGUAAAGCCAUGAAUAUCAUGAAUUCCUUUGUCAAUGAUAUCUUCGAAAGAUUGGCUGGCGAGGCGUCGAGACUUGCUCAUCACAACAAGAAACAAACCAUCGCUUCCCGUGAAGUGCAAACUUCAGUUCGUUUGUUGCUUCCUGGUGAACUUGCAAAGCAUGCAGUGAGCGAGGGAACAAAGGCUGUGACCAAAUACACAAGUUCCAAGUAGAUGAUUCUUUUGAAAACAAUACGGCUUUUUUUAAAGCCACACAUGCAUAAAAAACAUAUUUAAUGGUUGUGUGCUAGAAACGUUUUAAGUGCCUAAGAAAAAUUAUUUCAAACCAAAUAGAUCCUUCCGUUUGAUAAUCUCAUU